GCAGCUGUUAUGAACAUUCUUAAGAAGGCGAUCAACGCCCCAGCUAGUCUCAGAUGGACGGACACUGACGUCUGCAAAUGGCAGCGUGUGGAUUGCAACUCUGAUAAACGUGUCAUUGCCAUCCAGAUAGGGAGCUUGAAUUUGCAAGGUGUGCUUCCUAAAGAACUAGAGAAUCUCUCGGAGUUGCAACGAUUUGAAUGCCCACAGAACGGUCUCACAGGUUCAGUUCCAUAUCUAUCCAAGACAUUGCAAAAACUCGUGAUCCGAGAUAACAAGUUCAGCUCUGUCCCUAAUGAUUUCUUCAAGGAAAUGACAAUGUUACAAGAAGUAAGAAUUGGAAACAACCCGUUUUCGCCAUGGUCUAUCCCAGAUAGUCUCAAGGAUUGUGUAGCACUUCAGACAUUUGUAGCAACAAAUGCAAGUUUGGUUGGAAGGAUCCCAGAUUUUUUAGGUACCAUGCCAGGUUUAGUUUCUUUAUUCCUGAAUUUUAAUAGUCUUGAAGGUGGCUUGCCUGCAAGCUUUGAGAAUAGUUCAAUCGAGGAGCUGUUGUUGAAUGAUCAAAAUGGUAAUUAUAAACUUAAUGGCACAAUUAAGGUGCUGCAGAACAUGACAUCCUUAAAACAAGUUUGGCUACAUGAUAAUUCAUUUACAGGUCCAAUACCAGACUUGUCACACCAUGAUCAGUUGUCUGAUGUGAGUUUAAGGGACAAUCAAUUGGCUUGUGCUGUCCCAUCAUCUCUCAUGGCUCUUCCAAGAUUGCAGGUUGUGAAUUUGACUAACAAUUUCCUUCAAGGCCCCAUUCCAACAUUUAAACCGGGUGUGGUUGUUGAUAUGUCUGGGAUUAAUCGGUUUUGCACAAAUAUCCCGAAUCAGCCAUGCAAUUCUGUCGUGAAUGCUUUACUCUCUGUUGUUGAACCCUUAGGAUGUCCUGUGAAAUUGGCUGAUAAUUGGAAGGGCAAUGAUCCCUGUAAUGGUAGCUGGAGCGGAAUAGUGUGUGCUGGGGGUAACAUUUCAAUUAUCAAUUUCCAAAACAUGGGAUUGUCAGGCACUAUUUCUCCCAAGUUUGCCUCCCUUGCUUCUGUCACGCAAUUACUUCUUUCUAAUAAUUCACUCACGGGUCCUAUUCCAAAUGAGCUUUCUACAAUGCCCAAUCUGAAAAAGCUAGAUGUUUCGAAUAACAAUUUAGGAGGUUAUGUGCCAUCUUUUCGUCAACCAGGUAUAGAACUUAGAACAGAAGGAAAUCCUGAUCUUGGAAAACCUCUGAAAUCACAGAGCUCAGACUCUGGAGGUAAUGGUGGCCAUGGGAACAACAGACUCAUUGCUUUCAUUGUUGGCAUUGUGGUUGGCUUAGCGAUUUUACUUGCUAUAGCAGUUCUGGUGUUCCUUAGGUUUGUUAAGAAACGUAAUUAUUCAGGGAAGUUAGGAGGUCUAAUAGCGAAGCUAAUAGGUCCUCUUGAUGGUGGAGCUGGAAAAGAUAUGAAGGUUAAGGUUCCAAGUCCUGGUGCUUCUGGUCAAGCUGAUGUACAGGGUAUGUUAAUUCCAAUUCAAGUUCUAAAGGAAGUCACUGACAAUUUCAACAAUGCAAACAUACUAGGAAAGGGUGGUUUUGGCACUGUGUACAAAGGUGAACUGAAUGAUGGAACAAAGAUUGCAGUGAAAAGAAUGGAAUCAGGAUUGUUGAUGGAGAAGGGACUGAGUGAAUUCCGAGCUGAAAUUUCAGUGCUUACGCAGGCCCGUCACAAACAUUUGGUGGCACUUUUGGGAUACUGCUUGGAUGGAAAUGAGAAGCUUCUUGUGUAUGAAUACAUGCCCCAAGGAGCUCUUAGUAAGCAUCUGUUUAGGUGGAAAGAGAAUGGGUUGGAACCUCUGGAUUGGACAAGAAGACUAAACAUUGCCUUGGAUGUAGCUAGAGGUGUUGAGUAUCUUCACGCCUUAGCUCAACAAAGUUUUAUUCAUCGAGAUCUUAAGCCAUCCAACAUUCUUCUGGGCGAUGAUAUGCGAGCUAAAGUGUCGGACUUUGGAUUAGUCCGGCUUGCUCCUGAAGGAAGACAUUCAGUUGAAACUAGGCUUGCUGGAACUUUCGGAUAUCUUGCACCUGAGUAUGCAGCAACUGGGCGAGUUACCACAAAGGUUGAUGUGUAUAGUUUUGGAGUAGUUCUAAUGGAAAUGAUUACGGGGAGGAGAGUGCUUGAUGAUAGCCUACCAGACGAAGACUUCCACCUAGUUACGUGGUUCCGGCGAAUGAUGCAGAACAACGAUGAGUCACUUCGAAAGGCCAUAGAUCCUGCCAUUGAUGCAGAUGAUGAAGCAACCAUGUCCAGCAUUAGGACUGUCUCAGAGUUGGCUGGACAUUGCUGUGCAAAUGAGCCCCAGCAACGUCCUGACAUGGGGCACGUAGUGAACAUACUAUCACCUCUUGUUCAGGCAUGGAAGCCCCUGGAGUCUAGUGAUGAUGAUACCAAGUAUGGCCUUGAUGAUCUGCGCAUGAGUUUGCCUCAAGCACUCAGAAAGUGGCAGUCUUUGGAAGGAACGAGCACAACGAUGACGGAAGGACCAUCAGGUUCUCAAUCAUUUGUCACAAAAUAA